AUAGGGGCUGCCUUCCAACGGAAACGACAUGAAUCUCUACCUCCUGCACAUGAACCUCUGUCUUGUGCGAGGCAUUAGGAACUUCCUCCGGUCCCCAUGAUGGAAUUCUCAGAGGAUCCGGAGGCAACCAGUCGCACAGGUACUAACGCCAGGCUCUCACCCAUGUGCGAAAUACUCAGUACGUCCGUUCAACCCACACACCUCAGGACGACCUCAGACUCGAGUGGUACAUCGCGCGUCGGCGAUGCAUUCGAGCAUUACGAAACGUAUAAGAAGCUGCAUGGCGGACAAUCAUUAGCCACUAACCGGUUGUCAGCAUCUUCGUUCGAUACAGUCUCUUCGUUCGCAUUUUCAUCACCUCCUCGUUCACCUGCAGUGUCUCUGUCGCCUUCGCUGCGAGAUCGAGAACAAGAACGAGGUGGAGAGAGUCGUACGUCUUAUUUGCUGAGUUUUCAUGGACGUCACACGCGUUCUACUACGCCGGACAUCGAUCGCGAGCGCAAGAUUCCAAUCAUAUCUGGCCCCAUUCACACCUCGGCAUCUAAUUCAGUAGAACCACAUAACUCGACGACACGCGAUAACAGCCCAGCAUUUGGGACGUCAUGGGCAAGCCUCGUCGACCGGACUGCGCUCGAAGAAAUACCAGCUGUGGAAAGGAAACGACAGGAAGCAAUAUUAGAACUUAUCUCGACGGAAGCGGACUUUGUGAGAGAUCUCCAACUUAUCGUGGAGCUCUUCUAUUCGCGUCUGGUGGAUAUCCUUGGAGAGGAUUCGACGUCGGUCAUAUUUUCCAACAUCGAAGACAUCCUUCUUACGAACACAGCAUUCCUGUCUACUCUGGAGGAGCGACAGCGUGAAUGCCGACUCUACGUAGACCAUGUGGGAGACUUGUUAGAAACCUAUAUGCCUCACAUGCGAGUGUAUCUGGACUACUGUGUCAACCAAGCCAAUGCUGGGAAAGUGUUGCAAUCGCUUAGGGAUACCAACCCGGAAUUGUCUGCUCAGCUGCAAUGCCUCCGAGAGGACCCCUUGGCCAGGAAUCUCGACUUGUCCAGUUACCUUCUAGUACCCAGUGCGUCCAAUCACCUUCUCGUAGAAACAGGACCCAUUGGCGACUACUUCUUCGCAGUGCAGCGUCUGACCCGAUAUCCUCUUCUCAUCCGACAAAUUUUGCAAUACACUGACCCACCUGCGCCUUCACUCGAUCCAUCUUCGGUACCGCGCUUGACGUUGUCUCUUCCCACGGAGCACGCGGAACGCGAGUCGAUAGCGAAUGCUCUGGGGCACGCGGAGCAAAUAUUAGAAGAGGUGAAUGAGACAAUGAGAGAUCGGGAGAGCCGGGCGAGGCUUGGCGAGGUGAGCAGAGAGCUAAGGAUAGGCAAGGAUCGUCUUGACCUCACGCUUCCGACUCACCACCUAGGUCCUCGAAAACUUCUCAAAGAGGGUGUACUGACGAAAGCAAAAAGCGGGCGUAAGCUGCGCGUAAUACUUUGUAGCGAUAUCCUCUUACUCUUCAACGAGUCCGGCGGUGGAGGGUUGUACCGCCCCCUCCCCGUUCACGAACUCGAAAUCUACACUGCACGAAACCGCGCACGUUCCGACGAUGCCUACAUACGCAUCCAUCGUGCCUACCCUCGGGGCGGAGAGACCCUCGUACUACGUGCUCCAAACGUCCGCGAAGCACGUGCGUGGACAGAAGCAGUCGCACAGGCGGCUGCGAAGGCGAGGGAGGGGAUCAGGGUGGCUGUCAGUGAUUCGCGGGGCACGGAGGUAGCGUUCGGAUCUGCCAUUGUUGGUGUGGGGAUGGGGCAUGUUGCAUGCGCGAGGACUCCUCGCGGGAGCGCGGAUGUUGGCAAUGGAAAUAUUUGGGUAGCCACUGGUAAAUGA